AUGCAAACUUCCGGUAAUCCGCGGCGCCUCAAGCGCGUCGUGAACGUGUUCCAGUUAGCCGUGGCCUACGCGAAGCGGCAAAUGGACGAGAAGGACCCGAUGCAGACCGUGUAUCUCGACCCGCGCUGGCCCUUAUUCGCGCUCAAGCUCGUGAAGCUCAUUAUCCUGUGCGAGGAGCAUCCAAUAAGAAUGUCGCUUCUUAUCUCGCAAGUCGAGGACGCUCACCAAAAGGCGGAAGUCAACAGCGUCUGUACGUCGGACAUGUUCCAAUACCUCGACGAUCAGCAUGUGCCGGCGAAACCGUUGGAUUCUGGGAUGUUACUCGCCACUUUUUACUACAAACACGUGGACCCGCUCUACUACCUGCAACGGGACUGCGCGCGCAAUCUUAUGCAGGACGGCGACCCCGAGAACUUCGCUAUGAUACUGAGCAUGAAGUUACCCGACGAAGCGAUUAAGGGGCUCCCAGAAGAGAGGCCCAUGUUUGAUGACGCUGGAGACUUCGACCUCGUCGUACGCGACCUCACUGGUCAAGACGAAGCCCUCUCAUUACUAGAUUACGCCCUGAAUCUGAGCCCGGCGCUGCGUGACACGAUCACGAGAGACGUCGCGCAGAACGUCUCCGCAUUCGAGCUGCGACGCCCGACUGCUGAUCUGUCUGAUCAGCGCGAAAGUUCGGUCCAGUCCAAGGCGUCUUAUCUGCUGAAGCCUCCAAAGGCUGCCGUGUGA